AUGUUUCCAUUUGUCAAUCUUAAAGCCUCAGUGGCUGGGGAGCUGCGAGGCGAAAGGCAUUUUGAUACUGCUAUACACACAAAAAAUACAGACAUGGAGACUAAGAUGCAGGUGGAUGAGUCGGUGGUUGGCCACUCCGAAAUUGAUGAAUCCCUCUACAGUAGACAACUUUAUGUUUUAGGACAUGAGGCCAUGAAGCGCAUGGGUGCUUCAAACGUGCUCAUUGUAGGACUCAAGGGACUUGGGGUGGAAAUUGCAAAGAACAUUGCUUUGGCAGGUGUCAAAAGCCUUACCCUUUACGACCCUGCGCCCGCAGCAAUCGCCGACCUCUCAUCUCAAUUCUUCUUACAUCCUGAAGAUGUUGGGAAGCCAAGAGCGGAAGUGACCGCACCCCGCGUUGCUGAACUAAACGCAUAUACCCCGGUUUCCGUUCACAAGUCUUCAAGCUCCCGCAGCUUGACGGAUGACCUGACUCAAUUCGAUCGAUACCAAGUCGUGGUCCUAACCAAUACCUCUCUCAGAGAUCAAAUCAUCAUUGGUGAUUAUUUACAUAAGAAAGGAAUUUAUCUAGUAGUUGCGGAUACUUUUGGUCUGUUUGGAUCAAUAUUUUGCGACUUUGGGGAAAAGUUCACUGUUCUUGACCCCACAGGCGAAGCUCCGGUCAGCGGCAUUGUUGCUGGAAUCGAUGAGGAAGGUUUGGUUUCUGCCUUGGACGAAACAAGACAUGGCCUUGAAGAUGGGGAUUACGUUACUUUCACCGAAUUGGAAGGAUUAGAAGCUCUGAACAGCGCGGACCCUCGAAAAGUAACAGUAAAGGGGCCAUACACUUUCUCUAUUGGGGAUGUCACAGGGCUUGGUCAAUACCAGAGGGGUGGAAUGUAUCAUCAGGUCAAGAUGCCAAAAUUCAUCGACUUCAAGCCAUUGUCAGUUGCUUUGAAAGAUCCAGAACACCUUAUUUCCGAUUAUGCGAAAUUUGAUCGCCCUCAGCAACUCCAUGUCGGUUUCCAGGCUCUUCAUGGGUUCCAAGAAUCUCAAGGCCGUCUUCCCAGACCGAUGAAUAAAGAAGACUCUAUAGUCAUUAUUGAAUCUGCUAAAACUUUCAUCAAAAACCAAGAGUUGGACAUCGAAGUCGAUGAGAAAUUGAUUGCCGAGUUAAGUUACCAAGCUAAAGGUGACUUGAACCCAAUGGCAGCUUUCUUCGGUGGUCUUGCAGCUCAAGAGGUAUUGAAGGCUGUUUCCGGAAAAUUCCACCCCAUCUGCCAAUGGAUGUACUUCGAUUCUUUAGAGUCCCUCCCCGCCAACUUUCAACGAACCGAGGAAACAUGCAAACCACUCAAUACUCGAUAUGAUGGUCAGAUUGCUGUAUUUGGUAAAGAAUACCAAGAUAAGCUGGCCAAUAUCAACCAGUUUUUGGUGGGUGCCGGUGCCAUUGGUUGCGAGAUGUUAAAGAAUUGGGCUAUGAUUGGUUUGGCCACUGGUCCCAAGGGUAAAAUCUUCGUCACUGAUAUGGAUUCAAUCGAGAAGAGUAAUCUCAACCGUCAAUUCCUCUUCAGACCUAAGGAUGUCGGGAAAUUGAAGAGCGAUUGUGCUGCUGAGGCAGUUCAAGCAAUGAACCCUGAUCUCAAGGGUCAUAUUGUUACUAUGCGUGAUCGAGUUGGUCCCGAUACUGAGCACAUUUUCGAUGAGAAAUUUUGGCAUCAGCUUGAUGGUGUGACUAACGCUCUUGACAACGUUGAUGCUCGAACUUAUGUUGAUCGUCGUUGUGUCUUUUUCCGAAAGCCUUUACUGGAGAGUGGAACCCUAGGUACCAAGUGUAACACACAAGUUGUUCUCCCUCACUUGACCGAGUCAUAUUCCAGCUCUCAAGAUCCUCCUGAGCAAUCUUUCCCCAUGUGUACGCUCCGAAGUUUCCCCAACAAGAUUGAGCAUACCAUUGCCUGGUCCCGAGAGCUGUUUGAGUCAUACUUCGUUAAGCCUGCGGAAACAGUCAAUCUAUACCUCACCCAGCCAAAUUAUCUUGAAAGUACCCUGAAACAAGGUGGUCAAGAAAAGGCAACUCUAGAGACGAUUCUAGAUUUCUUAGUUGAGGAUAAGCCAUUGACUGUCGAGGAUUGUAUCAAAUGGGCUCGUCUGCAGUUCGAAAAGCAAUACAAUAAUAACAUUCAGCAACUACUGUACAACUUCCCAAAAGAUUCCACCACAUCAAGUGGUACACAAUUUUGGUCUGGACCAAAACGUGCUCCAGAUCCAUUGAAGUUUGAUCCAAAGAACCAAUAUCAUUGGGAUUUCAUUGUCGCUGGUGCUAGUCUCCACGCUUUCAACUAUGGCAUCAACACUAGCGAACUUGGCUCAAGCACAAUUCAAAAAGUCCUUGAUAACAUGAUCAUUCCCGAUUUCUCUCCAAGUUCUUCAGUUAAGAUUCAAGCUGAUGAUAGUGAGCCUGAUCCAAAUGCUGCAAACAACUCAUCCUUCGAUGACAGCGCAGAGCUUCAAAGUCUCACCAACAAGCUCCCAUCACCAAAAUCAAUGGCUGGAUUGAGACUAUCGCCAGUUGAGUUUGAAAAGGAUGAUGAUUCAAACCACCACAUUGAUUUCAUCACAGCUGCCAGCAACUUGCGUGCCGAAAAUUACAAAAUUGAGCUUGCCGACAGACAUAAGACAAAGUUCAUUGCUGGCAAGAUUAUUCCUGCUAUUGCAACAACAACUGCUCUUGCCACUGGAUUGGUAAUCCUGGAGUUCUACAAGAUCGUUGACGGCAAGGAUGACAUUGAACAAUACAAGAAUGGUUUCGUCAACUUGGCCUUACCUUUCUUUGGAUUCAGCGAGCCUAUCGCAAGUCCAAAAGCUACAUACAAGGGUCACACAGGAGAUGUCUCUAUUGACAAACUUUGGGAUAGAUUUGAGGUUGAAAACAUUACACUCAAAGAACUCAUCGAUGAUUUCUCACAGAACAAGGGUCUCGAGAUCAGUAUGUUAAGUUCAGGUGUCAGUCUCUUGUAUGCCAGCUUCUUUUCCAAGGCAAAGUUGGCGGAUCGCAUGAAUUUGAAGCUGAGCGAACUUGUUGAGCUCAUCUCUAAGAAGCCUAUUCCAAGUCAUCAAAAGACGGUAAUCUUCGAGAUUUGUGUUGAAGAUCAGAAUGAAGAAGAUGUAGAAGUUCCUUAUAUUAUGAUGAAGUUGGGCAAUUAA